AUGGCGGGCCCCCAGUUCUCGUCACACGAGUUCUCAAGUUUUGCCCAGAGCUAUGGGUUUAGACACAUCACUAGCAGUCCUGGUUAUCCUCAAUCGAAUGGUGCGGUGGAACGGGCUGCUAAGACUGUGAAGGAUCUUUUCCGCAAGAACAACGACCGGUUCAUGGCACUGCUGCCGUAUCGUGACACGCCAGGGGUCACAGGGUACAGCCCGUCCCAACUUCUCAUGGGGCGACGGUUACGGACACGCAUUCCCAGGGACCCGACCAAGCUGUCACCGGAUCUACCACUUCCAGACGUCGUCUUUCAAAAGGACGCCGCGGCUAAGGAAAGGCAAACUCGGGACUUCAACCGUCGGCAUGGCGCGAGAGAGCUCCGGGACCUCUCUUCAGGAGACGAAGUAUCUCAGUGCGUCAUCCCCAGUCUCCCUUCCGAGCUCGAGCCCAAACCAGGAGCUCAGACUCAGCCAGGAGGAACCAUCACAUUGCCAGCACGAUACGAGUACCGGCGCAGACCCUGA